AUGGCAAUCUCUUGGGAUUCCAUCCGCGCAUUCGCCCUCUUCUUUGGGCCCAUGCUGCUCCCAAAGGCCAUCUCCUACUACCGCAGCGUACGAUCAGCGCGUGGCCGCCAUGGCCUCUCCGUGCAGCCCGUUCCGCCGACGAUCCGAGUCGCCAUCUUCAUGCUAUCCUUCUUUGCGUUUCUGCUCGUCGUGAAGACGCUUCCGUUUGCGUCGCCGGAGAAUGUCUUUGUCAAGACGCAGAGCAGGCUGCAGAUUCCCGUCGACGUGCUCUUCACUCGCAUCGCGGCGCUACGACCAGACAACGUCUUCACGCCGUGGGACCAUGCGCUGAGAUCCAAAUUCGUCAACAUGGAGAGCAGGUUGCUGUAUCUCCAGUACGGGCCGGAAGUGUUGGCAGAGUGCAUCUUCUGCACGGCCGACGAACCCAAGAGCUACUUUUACUAUGCGCUGCCCUCCCUGUUAUGGCCACACAUCGGCAACCUCAUCGUCCUCGCCAUCGUCACAAGCCCUUCCGUAACGCGGAAAUACGGCUCGCAGUGGCGCACCCUGGCGACAAUCUCCUCCGGCGUUCUCGCCGCGCUGGAAAUCUACUUUGUCCAUUCCUACAACCACCAGGCUAACGCGCGGGCGCUGCGGCUCAACGACAUUGACUUCUUCUACUGGACGAUGCGCAGCUACCGAUAUGUCGCUUUGGCUGCGCUCGAUGCGGCGAUUGCCUUUGUGCUGUACCUGUCUGCGACGAACCGCGCCUUCGUGCAGCCUCCCUCGCCGGCGGAGCGCAUCGAGCAGGUCAACCGCGCGCUGACUGCGGUCAGGAGCAAGGUGAAUGCGGUGGGCAUCGUCAAGAACACAAUCAUGCGCGACGAAGACUUGCGGUCGCGGUCGCAGGCGUAUUGGCAGCAUGAGGUGCGCAUCAUGGGUGAGGUGAUGGAGGAGCGGGAGGUGAUUGAUGGCGUCAACGAUGCGUUGAGCAACCGGAUUGAUAUUCAGAACAUCACGAGGGAUGCGGAGACGUAUACACAGAACGUCCUACGGCCGGUGCUAGAAGAGCAGUAG